AUGCUCGCCGGAAGAAGCUCGAUAAACGUUGCAUGCGUUGGUACCCGACGUCUCUCCACACUCGCCAAGCAUGCUCUGCUAUACGUGGAUCGCGGGCUUCUUCUUGUAAACAAGCCAUCCGGCCUUGUAUGCCAAUACAAUAGAAAGGACGAUCGCGAGCAAAAUGCACAUAGUGACUUCAACGACUUCACAGACGAUCUGAAACGUCAGCUCUCGCUGGAUGCAGACCUACUUCCAUUGCACCGGUUAGAUAAGGCGACAACGGGUGCAUUAGCAUUUGCCUUGACUCACUCACAUGCUCAAGAUCUGGCGGAACAGUUCAACGCUCACACUGUCAAAAAAUCAUACCUCGCCAUAGUGCGCGGCGGCACUGCGUCCUUCCCCAACCGUACUGGUAACAUAAGAGGCGUUUUAUAUACAACCAACGGGCGCGUGUCAUCAGAAGCACAGGGCCAGUGGGAGAAAAGAGCAAUUACUGAGACUGACUGGGAGGUCUUAGCGUCGUCUCCCGUCGCACCAUUGUCACUUGUGAGGCUCUCUCCUUUUACUGGCCAUAAACAUCAAUUGCGUGUCCACAUGGCUAAAAUCCUGAAAGGCAAGUUCACUCGUUACUUGCCAGAGGGCCCCAACAAACGUCUGCGCAUGACGUUCGGCGCCUCGCUCCCGCGCUACUUUGUCCGCCUUUGUGACCGUAUCAAGAUCCCGCUGUCAUCGGAACUCAUCCAUGGCGGGCUGUGGAUCGAAGGCAAGCGCGUGCCCAUUGGCAAGGGUGGCCAGACCCCGACUGCGGACGCCACUAGCCCAACAAGCUCGGACGUGUAUCCUGAAACGCGCGCUGAGGAUGGCAAUGUAGACGACAUCUUGACAGCGCUUGGCGGCCGAUGGCUGGGCCCUGGAACUGCUAGUUCCAAGCCGACGUCAAGUCCUCCCCGAAAGCCACGUAGCUAA